AUGCCUCGAAAAGCGGUUGACUCGCGCAUCCCCGCUUUGAUUCGUAAUGCAGUACAGGAGAAAAAACGAAGCUUUUUCGUCGUCGUGGGAGACCGAGCGAAAGAUGUCAUCGUCCACUUACACUACAUCCUCUCGAGUGUCGACAUCAAGCAAAACAAGUCCGUUCUAUGGGCGUACAAGAAAGACCUUUUGGGGUUUACAAGCCAUCGAAAGAAGCGAGAGAACAAGAUCAAGAAAGAGAUCAAGCGAGGCAUUCGGGAAGCGAACACCGAGGACCCAUUCGAACUCUUCCUUACGCUGCACAACAUAAGAUAUGUCUACUACAAAGAGACAGAAAAGAUAUUGGGGAACACUUUCGGCAUGUGUAUACUACAGGACUUCGAAGCUAUUACGCCCAACCUACUUGCGCGGACAAUUGAGACUGUGGAAGGGGGCGGCAUGGUUCUCUUGCUUCUGAAGGGAAUGACCAGUCUUAAACAGCUUUAUACUCUGUCAAUGGAUAUUCACUCUAGAUACCGGACCGAGGCACAUGACGAUGUGGUUGCCCGCUUUAACGAACGCUUCGUGCUCUCGUUGGGCAGUUGCGAUUCUUGCUUGUUCGUAGACGAUGAGCUCAAUGUCCUGCCUAUAUCUGGAGGUAAGAACGUCAAACCGUUGCCUCCGCCAAAUCCAGAAGACGAAGGCAACACAAAAGCCAGGAGAGAACUCGACAGUAUCAAAGAGAGCUUAGUGGAUACCCAGCCUGUCGGCUUCUUGGUCAAGAUAGCGAAAACGGUAGACCAAGCGAAAGCGCUUCUAACAUUUGUGGAUGCGAUUGCUGAAAAGGCUCUGAGAAGUACUGUAACUUUGACAGCAGCAAGAGGACGAGGAAAGUCCGCCGCUCUUGGGGUAGCAAUCGCAGCAGCUAUAGCACAUGGAUAUAGCAAUAUCUUCAUAACGUCUCCUAGUCCUGAGAACCUUAAAACAUUGUUUGAAUUUGUCUUCAAGGGUUUUGACGCCCUCAACUAUCUGGAUCAUGUUGACUAUACUAUCAUCCAGUCGACUAAUCCAGACUUCAACAAAGCCAUUGUACGAGUGAAUGUCCACCGACAACACAGACAGACCAUACAGUACAUCCAACCUCAAGACGCGUAUACUCUGGGCCAAGCAGAGUUGGUUGUGAUUGACGAGGCCGCAGCCAUACCUCUUCCUCUGGUCAGGAAGCUGUUGGGUCCAUAUCUUGUCUUCAUGGCCUCAACCAUCAACGGCUACGAAGGCACAGGCAGAUCACUGUCUCUCAAACUAAUACAGCAACUACGAGAUCAGUCUCGAGGAAGCUCCAAGCUGAACAGUGCAGAAGAUGCAGAGAUAGCUGAUCGAUCGACUGGCAAAGCUGCAGCCAACGGCGACAAUGCUUCCAGCAGGGGUCGAUCAUUACGAGAGAUCACUCUUACAGAACCCAUACGAUAUUCCCAGGGAGACUCAGUCGAAAAGUGGUUGAACAAAGUCCUCUGUCUCGAUGCUACCCUUCCAAACUCGAACCUCAAUACCCAAGGGUGUCCUCAUCCCUCCAAGUGCGAAUUGUUACACGUCAAUCGAGACACCCUGUUCUCUUUUCACCCUGUCUCCGAGAAAUUCCUCCAGCAGAUGAUAGCAUUGUACGUUGCAAGCCACUACAAGAACUCUCCAAACGACCUUCAGUUGAUGAGCGAUGCUCCGGCCCAUCAAUUAUUUGUCCUGGUUCCUCCAGUGGAUGACGAUAGCUCGAGGUUACCGGAGCCACUGUGCGUAAUACAGGUGGCCUUAGAGGGUCAGAUCAGCAAGCAAAGCGUCUUGAGCAGCUUGAGUCGCGGUCAAAGAGCAGGUGGCGACUUGAUACCAUGGCUGGUCAGCCAACAAUUCCAGGACGAGGAAUUUGCUGGACUGUCUGGAGCUCGGAUAGUCCGAAUCGCCACCAACCCAGAGUACACUAACAUGGGUUAUGGCAGCCGCGCCCUCACUCUCCUCAAAGAUUUCUACGAAGGUAAAUUUGCCAAUCUCUCUGAAGCCGAACCUACCGAAGCAGAAUCCAUCGUCCGCGUUACGGACGCUGAACUUGAAUCUUCAACACUUCAAUCUGAUAAUGUCAAAGUCCGCGACAUAAACAACAUGCCAGCUCUCUUCUCUCGCCUUUCUGAACGCCGUCCUCAGGCUCUGGACUACCUAGGCGUCUCCUUCGGCCUCACACCACCCCUCCACAAGUUCUGGAAACGCGCCUCCUUCGCCCCAGUCUACUUACGCCAAACAGCCAACGAGCUCACAGGCGAGCACUCCUGCGUUAUGAUACGCACACUCUCCAACAAUAGCGGCAACACCGACAACGCCUGGCUUGGAGCCUACGCUCGAGACUUCCACAAACGCUUCCUUUCUCUUCUCUCUUUCCAAUUCCGUGCGUUCCCUUCUAUACUCGCGCUCUCGAUCAUCGAGUCUGCCAACGGAGGCGCAAAGCUUGACACCUCAUACACCAUCCAGCCUCUCACCAAAUCCGAGCUUGACGAUUCUUUCUCACCAUUCGACCUCAAGCGUCUAGACAGCUACGCAAAUAACAUGCUCGACUACCACGUCAUCCUCGACAUGAUACCGCCCAUCGCGCACUUUCACUUUACAAACAGGUUGAAGUCUGCCGUCAGUCUGACAGGCGUACAAUCAAGCAUCCUGCUUGCAAUUGGCCUGCAAAGGAAGGUACUAGAGGAUGUGGAGAAGGAGCUCGGGUUGCCAUCUAGUCAACUACUGGCCAUGUUCGUGAAGAUCGUUCGUAAAGUAUCAUCUCACUUCCGCCGACUCCUCGAAGGUGCAGUCGUAGAAACGAUGCCUCAAUCUGCUCCUGCCGCCGAAGACGACGGCAUCGACGGUAAAAAAGUGGAAAGCUUCGCACCUCUCAAGUCGAAUUUAGACGACGAACUUCGCGAAGGAGGCGAAGACGUCGAUAUAGAGCUCAAAGAGAAACAACGAGCGCUCAUCGACGCUCUGCCUCUCGACAAAUAUGAGAUUGAGACUGGCGGAGCCGGCUGGGAAGAAGCAGAAAAGCAAGUCAAGCGCGCUCAGGCUAGAGGCGGGGCGAAGGAGGUGACUGUGAGUGUGAAGUCGGACAGGAAGGAUAAAAAGAGGAAGGGGGAGACGGCAGAGGAUGUGUAUAGGGAGGAAAUUGGGGAUAAGGAGGCAAAGAGGUUGAAGAAGGGGAUGAGGAAGGUUAAAUAA